CGACUCGCGCCAGUAGCUAGCACGCGCGCGGACGAACCAAACGCAGCGGAACUGUGCGAGUGUGCCGGUGUAGUGUUGUGUAGUGUCGUAACUUUGGAUGCAAACGUAUUUUGCAAAGGAAGUGACACCAAACAUCCAAGAUGAAUUCGACAAAAACUUCAAAUAAAAUUAAUUUAAAAUAAAAAUGUGUUAAAUCAAAAUGGAUAUAGAAGACAAAGUUUCGGGGCCUGGCGGGGCCUCUCAGAAGAACUGGACACAUUUAAAUACUAGUUACGAUGAGUUGCCUCUGGACAUGCGGUUCAACCAUGGUCACAUGGUGUCCAUGGUAGUGUAUAGUGUGCUAAUGGUGGUAUCUGCUACGGGAAACUUGACUGUUCUGUCUCAGUUGGUUAGGAGGAAGAGAGCAGGCCGCGCGAGUCGGCUAGACGUGCUUUUGAUGCAUUUAGCAGUCGCUGAUCUUAUGGUAACAUUCCUGAUGAUGCCGUUGGAGAUCGCGUGGGCGGGCACCGUGCAGUGGCUAGCCGGGGACCUCAUGUGCAGGGUCAUGAUGUUCACCAGGACCUUCGGCCUCUACCUCUCCAGUUUUGUUCUCGUCUGCAUUGCUAUUGAUCGAUAUUACGCGAUCCUGAAGCCGUUGAACGUGACGUGGGAGGCGCGCGUGCGCCGGGCGCUGGUGGUGUCGUGGGUCGGAGCGGGCCUCGCAAGCCUGCCGCAGAGCUUCAUCUUCCAUCUCGAGGAGCAUCCAGAUGUUAAAGGAUACUUCCAGUGCGUGUCAUAUGGCUCCCUGCCUACUGUUCAUCACGAGCUGGCAUACUUCCUGGUAAACAUGAUUCUCAUGUACGUUAUCCCGCUGGUCUCCACGCUCUACUGCUCUUCCGCGGCCCUGCUCGAGAUCAUCAAGAGAGCCAACACUUCCAAUGACAAGAUGCGUCGUAGUGGCGUAGGCAUCCUGGGCAGAGCGAGAGCCCGGACACUGAAGAUGACAGUCACGAUUGUCCUAGUGUUCUUCACUUGUUGGUCACCGUACUACUGCUACUGUUUGUGGUAUUGGAUAGACAAGGAAUCGAUAAAAAAUUUAGACCCGGCGAUACAGAAAGCGAUGUGGUUGUUCUCGUGUACUAACUCAUGCGCAAACCCCAUCGUGUACGGACUCUUUAAUAGGAACAGGUGGACGUGGCGAUCAGGCCAUAAUGUACGACAUCGCAGCGGGAGUAUGAGGCGAGGCUCCCGACUACCUUACGGUGAAUCCAUGGAAAUAUCGGCAGCUACCCUCAACAGAGCGAGAAAUUCGUUAGGGAGCGACAGAAACGGGCGAAGAGAUUCAGCAUUCAACACGUAUAACGGAACGCAAAAACAUUGGAACACCAUCAACAAUAACCACGUUAGCAACGGUAUGGUGUAGCAAAAAUAACUGCUAUAUUCAUGGUUAAAUAAAUAUAACUAGUAACGAAUGGUUCAGUGACUGAUAGCUGAUGUAUCGAAAGCAGGUUGUGGCAACCUAACAGGGAAGCUGUGUUGACGAGUAUAACGAUUAAAGUGCUAUUUGGAAACAUAUGAAAGAAUUGUAUACGAAUAAAGGUAUCAUAAGAAAUUUAUUAAAAAAAAAAUAUAUACUCUACGUAAAACCCAAAAAAUAUAUAUCUUAAUUUAAUUUUUUCAUGAAACUUUGAACAGUUAUAUCAACAGUUAUGGAGUAACUUGUAGCUUAAUAAAAAGCGGAAGUUCCAAAUUAAGAUUUAGUCCUUUAACGAGAAAUGAUUGAUAAAUACAAAGGGGUGGAAAAGUAAAGAAAGCUUUAAAGGAGUUAGUCUUGAUACAUAUCUAGGAUACGUAGGUUUAGGACACCUGCGGUUGUUCGACGGUUUGUGCCAUGCCUUGUGAAUAGAUUUAAUAAGUGUUAAAAAUUAAUAACGUAACGUUAUAUUUAUAACUGAUCGUCUCUUGCGGAAUAAUAUGGUAUGUAGUCCAAGGAUAAUGAUUUCCGAUUUGUAUAUAUUUCCUAUAGUAUUUUUGUUGUUUUUAUUUUUAGCUCCCGAAAGUUAUUGUUGAAUUAGAAGUUUGUGAAUAUCAUAUUAUUUUUGAUGACGAUGCUUGAUAACAUUUUUGACAGUUCAUUUAACGGAAUGAAAUUUUUAACAUGUAUUAAGUACUACUUACUAUUCUGCUAUAUCUUUUACAAUAUGUUUAUACUUAUCGACAAUGCACAAAUUAUCAAUCUGUGAAAAAAGUUAUUCAAGUUAAAUAAAUAACGACUAUUCGUUUCGUAGAUAUAGCGUUAGUAAAUCUGAUAAGAUACUCAUGGCUUUCCAAAGUGUAAAGUUAAUACAUUCCAUUGAACGCUUAAGUUAUUAUUUUAUAUAUUUAUUCAAUAAGACUGACUGACCGACGAUAAGUCUUAGUAGGUAUGUUAUACCAAAUGUUUGUCCAACGGUUGUUUUCGUUUAACGUUAGAAUUAUUUCUGAUAUAUUUUAUUUUGUUUGCGUCGGAGCGUACUUGGCUGUGAGUUGUUACUCCGCUCUGUGGACAGUAAGAUGUGAAUUUUGUACCAAAAUUUAAUGUUAAGCGACAAAUUAAUUUUUUAAAUAAAUAUUUUAAAUAUAAUUA